UCCGAUCUUGUUGGGUGCUGGGAUAAGGAAUUUGCUGCCACAUCCAGUUUGUGUGGUGCUGGGAAUCAAACCUAGAGCUUCCUACACACCAGGCAAUCACUCUGCCAGCACUCUGUUGAGCUGCUUCUUUUCUGUUAAGAGCAGCCGUCUCCUCCUGUAGCCCAGGCUGGCCUUGAAUUUGCCAGCAACCCUGCCCCUAGCUUCCAGGUGUCAUCACACCUUGCUUCCCAGUCCUUUAAAAGUUUUUAUAAAUGAAGGUAGUUGACACUGCGGGGGUGGGGGGAAGUGUUUUUAGUGCACUGUUCAAAGCGACCUUCCUGAAACUGGACAGGGCGAUCUUAGCUUACAAAGAAAGAAAAAUGGAAAUUUGGGGAGUCAAGUCCAGAGUUAUCUCUCAGCAGCUGUGGUUUAGGGACAUUCUCAAUAGAGAGUUCAAGGUAUUCAGAUGAACAUUGCAACCCAGCCCCACCUCACCCCUCCCUUAAGACUGGUUUUUGUGUUUGGUCAGAUUUUGUGUGGGACUUUGAAACUCUCCCACAGUUUGGGAGGGAGGGAAAGAGUUAGUUGACUCGUGCAUUUGGGGUAAUGUGGAGGUGGACUUCGGCUCCUGAGGUCUUUCACCUCUUUUGUUCUCAAGCCUGUGGGUGUAAACUCAUUAGGAGGAAGUGACGAGGAUGGCACCUGUGAGGAUGGCCCUGGCAAGUGUAGUCAAACAUCAGUAGUGUAAGUCUUUCCCUCUGCUUGUGCUCCCCUGGGAAGAAGGGCUGCACUUCUGUGCACACGCACGCAUGUAUCUGUUUUGCUGACAGCAAUGCAUCCUAAUCUCUCAACGCUAAGGGUUAUUUCAAGCUGGAGGAUCUGUGUUACGGUGCAGUGUUUGUUUGGAAUGCCUGCUGGUAACUUGCCUACUGAGACAUGAAGACUGGGGCCCCUCGUCUUAUCCUUGGGAGUCUGGUAUUGAUAACCCACCUGCCUUUGAUGUUGACAUCGCCUAAAACACUCGCCAUCCCUGAGAAGUUACAGCAAGCUGUGGGGAGGGUCAUUGUCAAUGCCACGGCCUGCACUGUUACCUGUGGCCUUGGCUACAAGGAGGAGACUGUCUGCGAGGUGGGCCCUGAUGGAGUGAGGAGGAAGUGCCAGUCCCAGCGUUUGGAGUGUCUGGCCAACUGGAUCUGUGGGAUGCUCCAUUUCACCAUUGUCCAUGGGGAGGAGUUUGAGCUGAGCUGUCUCAGUGCAGACAUCCUGGAGGUGGGACAGGAAGCUUUCCGCUUUACCUGGAAGCUUGCCCGGGGCAUCAUCUCUACUAAUGAUGAGGUUUUCAAACCCUUCCGAGCCAACUCUCACUUUCUGCGAUUUCACCCCGCCUAUGAGUACGACUCGGGAACAUACCGAUGUGAUGUGCAGCUGCUCAGAAACUUGAGAUUUGUCAAGAGGCUCUACUUUGGGCUGAGGGUCCUCCCUCCAAAGCUGGUAAACCUGAAUUUCCAUCAGUCCCUUACUGAGGACCAGAAGUUAGUUGAUGCCGGCUGGGAAGUUAAUCUGGACAACCAUUCUAAGCCCCACCUACCAAAGUGGCAAAAGAAGGUGGCUUCAGCCUUGGGCAUAGGGAUUGCUUGUGGCGUGGUUGGCGGCGUGCUAGUGAGCAUUGCUGUCCACUGCGUGCUGAAGAGGAUCGAUGACCACAACAGCCUUAGUAGCCUGUAACCUUUCAGCCAGCCUAUACAUGAGUGUGGCAAGAGAGGCCUCUCAGAGCCAUAGGUUGGCUAGGAGGCUUGGAGGAUGCGGCUUCUUCCCCAUACCACUGUGCAGGGCAGUAGGUUUUCUCAUACUGGCUGCUCAGGAGACCCACUGCAGGUUUUGCUUCUCUUCCUAGGUGAGUUGUGUCUUCCAAGCUUGCUUUCCUCUCCACACCGCACGGUGUGUGUGCCGUCACCUCCACUCCACCUCUGAACAGUGUGUAUGGACCAGAAUGUACUAUUAGCAGAUUGGGUGGAAACUUUAUUUUUGUUCAAUAAAAACAGU